UGCUUAUUACUAAAAUUUUUUCAUUCAUAUUUUUUUAUUUCCCCUAUGCAUAGUUUUAUAUUAAAAAUGUUUAAACUACUGUUGUUAUUUAUGGUGACAUCGUUAGUAAAAUGUACUAAUGAAAAUAAUACACUGAAAUUUCCGAAAGGAUUUCUUAUUGGAGCUGCUUCAUCUGCUUAUCAAAUUGAAGGUGCAUGGAAUGUCAGUGAUAAGGCAACUAGUACUUGGGAUCAUUUCGUACACCGUUACCCAGAAAAAAUUGCUGAUCGGUCAAACGCUGACGUUACUACUGAUUCAUACCAUAGAUAUAGAGAAGACGUAAACAUUCUAAAUGAUCUAAGGGUCGAUCAUUACCGUUUUUCAAUAAGUUGGUCUCGACUACUGCCAAAAGGUCAUACUGGUUACGUGAGCAAAAGUGCAUUACGUUACUAUAAUAGUCUUUUGGAUGAACUAGAUGCCAAAGGAAUCAUACCGUUUGUAACGAUAUAUCAUUGGGACCAUCCACAAUCUAUAGAAGAAGCGGGAGGAUGGUUGAAUAAUAACAUGCCCUAUCUGUUUGCGUCUUACGCUAGCGUUGUUUUUGAAAAUUUUGGACAUCGAGUACGAUAUUUUAUAACUUUGAAUGAGCCAUCCAUAUUUUGUGGCAUGGCAUAUACAACGGCUGAGUUUCCUCCAGCCCGUAAAUUGAAUGGUACAGGUGAUUACCAUUGCAUUCACAACCAGUUGAAGGCUAACGCUCUCGCUUAUCACAUAUAUAACAAAGUAUACCGAAAAAAAUUUAAUGGCCAAGUUGGUAUUGUGUAUCAAUGUAAGGGUGCUUUCAAUGAAAAUGAAAACAAUGUACAAUUCGAUGAUUUAGCUUUUGAAUUUGAGUGCGGAUGGCAGGCACAUCCAGUUUUCUCAGAAUCCGGGGAUUACCCGGAGAUAAUGAAGAAAAAAGUGGCUGAAAGAAGUCGAGCCCAGGGCUAUGAAAAAUCCAGACUGCCAACUUUUUCUAAAUUUUGGAUUGAACAUAUAAAAGGAACAGCAGAUUUCUUCGGAUUAAAUUAUUAUACUAGUAGAAUAGUGAAACCAUUACCGCAGUCUUCAAUAGUAAAUUGGCCUAAUGAUGAAGGAUUAGAAUACAUAAUUGACUCUAGUUGGGUUUCAGCUCAAAGUUCAUGGUUAAAAGUUGUACCUGAAGGGCUAAACAAACUUUUAAAAAGUAUUAAAGAGAAGUAUAAUAACCCGAUAGUAUAUAUUACUGAAAAUGGUGUGUCUUCUUCAAGUGGCAAAGAAGAUGAUUUAAGAAUAAAUUAUUUACACUCUCAUUUAAAAGCAAUAUUGUUAGCAAUAAAAGAUGGGUGUGACGUUAGAGGUUAUACAUACUGGAGCUUAUUGGACAGUUAUGAAUGGGUUUCAGGAUUUACAGCUCAGUUUGGAUUAAUGCACGUCGAUUUCAAUGAUGCAAAUAGAACUCGAACUCCUAAAAAAUCUGUAAAGUGGCUGAAAAACGUUAUGAGAGCGAGAAAAUUAUUAUCUCCUACGUGAAAAGCUAACUAUUGAAUCUAAAUUAAUUUUUACAUGUAUUACUUCGAAUCAAUUACGAUUUCUAAAAAUUUUUUGUAAUAUAUUUUUGUUAACGCUUUUAAAAAAAAAUCAAACUUUUUUCUUAUCUUGGUGUCAUUUAUUCACUUCCAGAUGUAAUGGCUUUGCCUAUUUUAAUCUACAAAGCACCUUAUAAACUUCACUAAAACUGUAUAGUACCUUGAAGAAAGUUAUGGAAAAUUCUAUAAACCUUA